CUCGCAUGCGUCCCAGUGAUUUCCGUUUGGAAGGGUUAUUCUUCCUCGUUACGGCCAACAACGGGGGCACCAUUAUCUUCCCACGUCUCAGAGCCUCAGUUUUCGAGACUUUUCCCUCCCGAGUUCUUUGACGUCUGUUGUCUCCGCUGUCGGCAUGUGCACCUCUCGACCUCGUCCAGGGCCCCGCAGUUCGCAUUUCUCUUUCUGCGCCUUUCCCUUUUCUGGAGUUGCUUGAUGCCACCCAUAGCUACCCAGCAGCCAGCGAGACUUCGAACCGUACCCGACGCCUUCCCUUCUUUUCUACUUGGAACAACUUACCUAUUUCCGCGCGUAUCCAAACAUGGCUCCCUCCACGUGGGUCGUGAUUGGAGCUUCCAGGGGCAUAGGUCUCGAGCUCGUCCGUCAAUUGCUCGAUCAGGGAAACCAGGUCAUCGCAGCCGUCCGCAGCCCGGAGACGGCAAACCACAUCUGGCAGUUGGCUGCGAAACAAACCAGACCCGCAGCCUGUCUCAUUGAGCAGUGCGACGUCACUGACGAGUCGAGCAUUCUUGUGCGUGACGGCCGGACUACUUGAAAACCACUCCAAGGUGAUUUGGUCCACUGAUGCUGAUGCAGUCAAUAGGCAUUUGUGAGUGCAAUGGGGAGGCUGGUUGCCAAGGGCAUGCGGCUCGACAAUAUUGUCCUGAAUGCUGGAAUGCUGAAAUAUCCCAAUAGGGCGACCGAGAUAUCUUUUUCCGACUUCGCACUGCAUCUACAUACGAACACCAUUGGGCCUAUCAUCAUUGCACAGAAACUGCUUAAUCUGAGCAGCGUAGCACCUCCGUCUAAGGUGAUAUUCAUUUCCUCCGACUCCGGAUCCACAGCACGGUUUAGGGAUCAUGAAGACGGAUUCGGCGCCUAUUCGGCCAGCAAGGCUGCAUUGAAUCAGAUGCUCAGGCAUAUGGCCGCAGAGCUCAAGAGAAAAGGGGGAAAGUACGAGGACGUCUGCGUCUUGGCUAUCCAUCCCGGUGAAGUUCAGACGGACAUGGCGAACAUCGACGUGGACUGGGAGGUGGAAGGAAUCAUCACGCCCGAAGAAAGUGUGACAAAAAUGCUAAAGGUGAUUGGAGAGAAGGGCAAAGAUGACAGUGGCACCUUCUGGUGCUGGGAUGGAAGAGAGCAUCCCUGGUGAAAUGUGAAAGUCCUUGUCCAACGAGGCGAUUGAAGAACAGAGGGCGGGUUGAUACUCCGUCUGGAGUGCAGGUCUGGCACACGCACGGAAACAGAUGCAGGGAGCAUGCCAUUCCCACCUGUGGUCAGGGGAGACAGAUGACACGGGUCAUAGUACGGCGCAUCGAGGUGGUGUUGCGUGGUGCACCCGCCCAUAUGUAUCGGUACCACCUUCUGCAACACGACCGAGGAAGCAGAUCCAGUAGAUUCAACCAGGUUUCCUGUAGUGUAUGGAAGUUUCCAGCGCACAUCAAGCAUAGCGGAAUGGGUAGCUGCGUUCUGAGCAGCAAGGCUGAAGGCUGACCGAACAU